AAGGGUCCGCAGCCGUUCGAUAGCGAAAGUGUUUUUGGUGCAACCGCUUCCACCGGGUACUACUACUACCGCUGGGUACCACUGUUGGGGUGCGCGCCGUCAUCGGUUUGUUUUGGUGCGUGUUUUGAUUGUCCCACAGUUUGCUCGUGUUGUCUGUGACGCGACUUCGUUUUAGUGCGUUUUUUUUUUAUACGGAGGAUCGCGUAAAAAAGCCAAAUGUGGACCAUCCAGUCGGGCCUAUUACUAUCCGUAUGCGUACUGGGCAGCGUAAGUUUGGAUAUCGAAGUAGUAAACCAAUGGUCGCUGUUGGAAUUUCAACCCCCAUACGGAUACGGAGCAAGAGACUUUAGACCCGAAAAUACAGUAUUUACCGGUUUGGAAAUUACGCCCACGAGGAUAUUUAUAGCGACCCCAAGACUGCGCGCAGGUAUACCAGCUACGCUCUCGACCAUUCCCAGAAAUUCACCCCCCGGUUCUAGUCCAAGGCCGCAGCCAUAUCCCGAUUGGUCGUACCAUACUGUUGGUUUAGGGAGUGACAAUUCUACUGCGUGUUCCGGUUUGAUAUCGGUAUACCGGAUGAGACUGGAUUCAUGCAAUCGAUUAUGGGUAUUGGAUUCUGGAAUAAUGACUUCCAUUGAUGAUUUUCAAAGAAUUUGUCCACCCAAAUUGGUAGUUUUCGAUCUCAGGAACGACCGAGUUGUGCGAACUGUGGUGUUUCCCAGGGAAGUACUUAGGCCCGCGUCCCUUUUAGCUAAUCUGAUUAUCGAUGAGAGCGUCCAGGGUACAUGUGAUUCGGCUUUUGUGUACAUGGCUGACACUGCCGCUCCGGCAAUUCUUGUCUACGAUGCGAUCCGCGACACUGCUUGGAGGGUGAGCCACCCCAGCAUGUUCCCGGAUCCCGAUUUUGCCACGUAUAGCAUAGGGGGAGAAACGUUCACUUUGCCAGAUGGAGUCGUUGGAUUGGCCCAUUCACCAAAAUUGGCAACCGUAUUCUUUCAACCUUUGGCAACUGAUAGAAUCUUUAGUAUACCCACUGCUACGUUGACCAAGGGACCUCCAGCAGAAUUCGAAGAUAUCCCCGUAGCGUUGGCCGGAAGGAAAUCUUCGCAAGGUCUAGGUCUGGCAAUGAAUUUACAGGACGAUUCGCUCUACUUUAGUCCCGUCACAGAAACAUCUAUAGCGUCGUGGAACCCUAUUACUAAUCGACAGAGUCUUCUGGCUUACGAUCCCGAGCUGCUCCAGUUUUGCUCGGAGCUGAGAUGGAAAGAGGACGGGAUAUGGCUGCUUUCGACCCGGUUCCAAAAGUAUUUCAAGAGGACCGUGUCGCCGAACGAAGUUAACUUGAGAGUAAUCAGGAUUCCGCUGUCAAACAGGAUCGUAAAUGCGCUUAACAACAAUUUGUAUUGCGAUUAUUCGCGGUUACAGUCGUUUAGUUUUCCAGUCAUGCACUCGAGGAAAUUGGUAUUUGUUCUAGUCGUGUACGGUUUGAGUAUCGUGCCGGUUUUGGCGGGCAGUCGAGACUACGCUCGUCUUUUCAUGAAGGAUUAUAACAGCGUAAGACGGGAAAAUAAAUCGAGUCGAACAUGGUUGUGUUUAGUUUUGGGCAUCUGCUGGACGAACCCACCGUCUCGCAUAGUAGCUGAAACUCCACCGCUGAAUCAAAUUUUCCAAUGGAAGCAGCUGGAAUUCGAUUACACGAAUCCUACCGAUCGGGAGCGAGAUAUUCGAAACGGCGUCUUCGCCGUAGGCGAAAUAGCACCCAUCGAUGUGGACGUCUAUUAUUCGGCCAGUACCAUCAACAAUCACAUCUUUAUCACCAUACCUAGGUUUCGAAGUGGAAUCCCAGCCACCUUAGGUACAAUAUCGAACAAGGUAUUGGACGGUAAUCCUAUUAUCAAACCUUAUCCAUCCUGGCCUUGGCAUCAAGACUCCAGGGAAUGCCGCAGUGAUAGGAUCGUCUCCGUGUUCAGAGUGAAGAUUGACGAAUGCGACAGGUUAUGGGUUUUGGAUACUGGAAAAAUUGGAGACCGUCAGAUGUGUAAACCUCAGAUUUUAGCGUUCGAUUUGAAAACGGAUGAGGUAGCUCAUAGGCACGAAUUUGAUUCUACGGUUGUUACACCGAUAUCGAUAUUGGUAACGCCAGCUGUAGACGUCAGAAAUAUACAUGCCGGAUGCAAGGACACCUUCGUUUAUAUAGCUGACGUCACGGGUUUCGCGAUAAUCGUCUAUGACGUCAGGAAUGACAAAUCUUGGAAAAUACAAGAUAAGACUAUGUAUCCGUACCCGUCGUACGGUACAUACGACAUCGAAGGGGACAGCUUUGAACUUAUGGACGGAAUACUCGGACUCGCUCUGUCCCCGUAUCGGCCCGGGGAAGACAGAAUUCUUUUUUACCACGCCAUGUCCAGCCCGACGGAAAAUUGGGUGUUCACGUCUCAUCUCAGGAACCAAUCGCUUUUUGAGGAGGACCCUAGUUCGUCCCCACAAAUUUUUAACACCUAUUCGAAGGAACGCAAAACCCAAUCGGCAGCAGAGGAUAUAGAACGCAGUGGCAUAAUGUUUUUCGGUUUGAUCGGCAAUUCGCAAAUAGCUUGUUGGAACAUCCAAACCGAUUACGAUCCAAAGUAUUUCGACAUUGUCGCAAGUAAUAGAGUCACCCUGCAAUUCCCAAGUGGAUUGAAGGUCAUUACGAAUAAAAAAGGUGUGCAGGAAUUGUGGGUUCUGAGCUCGAGGUUCCAGAAGUUGGCUAACGGUUCGCUUAAACCCAACGAGACCAAUUUUAGAAUCCAAGCGGGAAAAGUGAGUGAUCUGCUGUACGGAACGAAAUGUAAAGGAAAACACAAUCUAGUUAAGCCGCCUCAUGCCAAUGGCGGCGGUUAUGGAUUGUAUGGGAGUACCGGCUGAGCAGUAACGACAAAAGAUUGAUAAGCCAAAGUCACUAAGUCAUCACCUCUAUAGUACCUUAAGUUUUUUGUAUAAAAUUUUUGUAUUUAUUCAAUAAAAUGAUAAGCGUCG